AUGUCCGGUAAUUGGAAUAACGAUGAUGUUUACAAACUGAUUGAAAUGUUUCAAGCAAGAGAAGUACUAUGGAACACGAUGUCAGAGAGCUACAAAGACCGAAAUAAAAAACACGAUGCUUGGAUGGAAAUUGCCAGUGAAUUUAAUAUGGAUAAAAAAGUAAUUGAAAAAAAGAUUCGAUCACUCGUAGGUCAAUUUAACCGAGAAUGUAAAUCUAAUAAAUCUGGUGCAGGAGCUAAUGAGUCAAGUAAAUGGUUUGCAUUUAAAAAACUCAUGUUCCUUAAAGGCAAAAAUAUUCCAAGUUUAACUGUCGAUGGAGGGUUGCAGGGUAACGAAGAAAACAGAAUUGCUUCAGAAAACACUCUCAGUUUGAACGAAACAGGAAAUACUGUCACUGAUGAAACUACGGGCACGCCUUUCGCCACCCCAAAACCAUUUCGGAAAAGAAGACGGCCUGAAGUAGAACAAGAUCCAACACAACAAGAAGCUGUAAAUAUUUUACAAAGAAUGUACGAAUCUAGAAAAAGCAGGGAUGAAAAUGACGCAUUUGGAGAGUAUGUCUCGAUGAAACUGAAACAAAUAAAAAACAGUCAUGCUAAGAAUACUGCUCAACAUCACAUUAACAAUAUUUUGUACAAUGCGACAAUGGGACAAUAUGAUUUUCCAACAACCUUUACAGACCCAACCGCUAGUAGUUCCUGGGGAUACAACUCUGAACCAAAUCUAUCCACUUUUUCGGAAAAUAAUGCUGACUGUAGCUCGAGAGGAUACUACACCGCACCGAGUCCCUCGGCUUCAUUUGAAACCAGUUCUUCGGAUAACUCCAGGACACAUACUCGUACCAGCGCAAGAACACAGAGUCCGUCUAAUUUAUCGGAAUCAAGCCAAGAUUCGACCCAAUCAUUAAACGAUUUGUUGGAAUCAAUCAAAAAUUAAAAAAUACAUGUUUGGUUUGUUAAGUAUUAAAAAAAUUAUUAGUAAGGUAAGAUAGGUACCUACCUAAAGUAUGAUUAGAUUAGAUCAUAUUAAAAGUAAAUAAAAAAAUAAUUAAAAA